AAUAGCCUAGAACCCUAGCAAAAACCUCUAGCUUUUUUGGCGAUGGGGUUCAAGGGGACGAAGCUCGAGAAGAAGGAGGCCUACGAUCUCAAGCUUUGCAAGUACCUUGAUGACUACGCCCGGGCGCUGAUCUGCGCGGCGGACAAUGUUGGAUCCAACCAGAUGCAGCAGAUCCGCCAGGGCCUCCGCCCCGAUUCCGUGGUGCUCAUGGGGAAGAACACGCUGAUGAAGCGCACGAUCCGCAAGUACGCCGAGAAGACGGGCAACAGGGAUGUUCUCAACCUCAUUCCUCUCCUUGUGGGAAACGUCGGGCUUGUCUUCACUAGAGGAGAUCUUAAGGAGGUCCGUGAGGUGAUCGCGAAGUACAAGGUUGGAGCGCCUGCUAGAGUUGGCCUCGUCGCUCCGAUCGACGUGACGAUUCAGCCAGGAAGCACUGGCCUCGAUCCAUCACACACAUCCUUCUUCCAGGCGCUGAAUAUCCCGACGAAGAUCAACAAGGGGACCGUGGAGAUCGUCUCCUCCGUGGAGCUCAUCAGCAAAGGCACCAAAGUCGGCUCCUCGGAGGCAGCGCUCCUGGCAAAGCUGAGAAUCCGGCCAUUCUCCUACGGACUCGUCGUCCGCAGAGUCUACGACAGUGGCUCCGUGUUUGAUCCCGCCGUGCUCGACCUCACCGACGACGACCUCGUCGCAAAGUUUGCCGAAGGAGUCUCGGCGGUGGCGGCCAUCUCUCUCGCACUCGGCUACCCGACACUGGCGGCCGCCGCGCACUUCUUCCUCAACUCGUACAAGAACGUCCUGGCCAUUGCGCUGAGCACCGACUACUCGUAUCCGCAAGCCGAGAACGCCAAGGAGUACUUGAAGGAUCCAAGCAAGUUUGCCGUGGCUGUAGCUCUGGUGCCGGAGGAAUCGAGCACUGCUCCUGUGGUGGCUGCUACAGAGGAGAAGAAAGAAGAGGACGAGGAAGAAGAAGAUGAUGGAGGAGGAUUCAUGGAUCUUUUUGGAGGCGAAGGCUAGAACAGUUUUGGAACACACCAAAGUUUUGUUUAGACGAAGUUUAGACGAUCUUAAGUCUUUGAAUUUUGGCGAUAAAAAUGGUGGCUUGAUUAAAA